AUGGUGUUGGCGCUGGUGGUCGGAGUGUUGUGCGUGUGGGGCCGCCUGAGCGACGCGAACCCAGAAGCGAAGCGGCUAUAUGACGAUCUGCUUUCCAACUACAACCGCCUCAUCCGGCCCGUUGGCAACAAUUCUGAUCGACUCACUGUCAAGAUGGGACUAAGGCUCAGUCAGCUCAUCGACGUUGUCGAAAAACGAGCAGACGGAUUUCCUAAUGGUAAGCAAUCAGCGCCGCCCAUGGACUCCGCAACGGAGGAGUACCGAGUGCGUAGCCGACGUUUUAGGGAUUAG